AGUGCUAGUUCCUCCCCGACAAUGACAGAUUGUAAAACAAACCAUGCUGUCAAAUAAACAAUAGAGAUUGACAUUGCUGGCGACCAAUCCGUUCUACAAAAGUAAUAUGAUUGUCUUGUUUUAUCCAAUUAGGUGAUAAGAGGAGGGAAUAAGAUUCUGAAUGCAGCUAGCCAGCUAGGGUGUGUUUCUUGUUCAGGUCUUGAUAGCUUGUGAAGCUAAACAGCUAGCUAGUUAUCAGAUUUGAAAAAAUUCUAAAUAUUUUCGUCGAAAUAGCGGCUACAUUUAUCGUUUUUUUUUAACGGUAGCCCUUUGUUUUUGAGGAGUUUCCCACUUUGUCUUUUGCACAUCUUUACACAGAGAAGAGCUCGUGAGAUUCAUCAUCAGGGUGUCUCAUCUCUUUUGCACAUAUCCAGUUCCUCCUCACUCCAGCCCUGUGAUUCCUCACGAAACAGAGGGACCACACCAGAGAAAGGGCUAAACUGUGCAUCCCUUCCUCCAGGUCCCCUCUGCCUCAGUGUGUGUUUGAGUUCUCUCAAGACUCCUCCUCGCUACAACCAAAAUGUCCUCCAUCUUGCCUUUCACGCCUCCGGUAGUUAAGAGGCUCCUGGGGUGGAAGAAGUCAGCCAGUGGCGCCGGGGGUGGAGAGCAGAAUGGCCAGGAGGAGAAGUGGUGUGAGAAGGCUGUCAAGAGCCUGGUGAAGAAGCUGAAGAAGACUGGACAGCUGGACGAGCUGGAGAAGGCCAUCACCACCCAGAACUGCAACACCAAGUGUGUCACCAUCCCCAGCAAUUGCUCUGAAAUAUGGGGACUGAGUACACCAAAUACGAUAGAACAGUGGGAUACCUCAGGCCUAUACAGCUACCCUGACCAAACCAGAUCCCUGGAUGGGCGCCUGCAGGUCUCGCACAGAAAGGGUCUUCCUCAUGUCAUCUACUGCCGCUUGUGGCGAUGGCCUGACCUGCACAGCCACCAUGAGCUGCGUGCCAUCGAGGCCUGUGAGUACGCCUUCCACCUCAAGAAGGAUGAGGUCUGCAUCAACCCCUACCACUACCAGAGGGUGGAGACCCCAGUUCUGCCACCUGUCCUUGUGCCAAGACACUCGGAAAUUCUGACAGAACUGCCCCCAUUGGAUGACUACACUCAUUCCAUACCUGAGAACACAAACUUUCCUGCAGGGAUCGAGCCUCCAAAUAACUACAUACCAGAAACGCCACCACCUGGAUACAUAAGUGAGGACGGGGAAGCCAGUGAUCAACCGAUGAAUCAAAGUAUGGACACAGGUUCUCCUGCUGAUUUGUCCCCUGGCACCCUCUCACCUGUCAAUCAUAGCAUGGACCUGCAGCCGGUGACCUACUCUGAGCCUGCGUUCUGGUGCUCUAUAGCUUACUAUGAGCUGAACCAGCGUGUUGGAGAGACCUUCCACGCCUCGCAGCCCUCUCUGACCGUUGACGGUUUUACAGACCCUUCCAACUCAGAGCGUUUCUGUCUGGGCCUGCUCUCCAACGUCAACAGGAACGCCACUGUUGAGAUGACCAGGAGGCAUAUAGGACGAGGAGUCAGGCUGUAUUAUAUUGGUGGUGAGGUGUUUGCUGAGUGUCUCAGUGAUAGCGCCAUCUUUGUUCAAAGUCCAAACUGCAACCAGCGGUAUGGGUGGCACCCAGCAACCGUGUGCAAAAUUCCUCCAGGUUGUAACCUGAAGAUCUUCAACAACCAGGAGUUUGCUGCCCUGCUGGCCCAGUCCGUGAACCAGGGCUUUGAGGCUGUCUACCAGCUCACCAGGAUGUGCACCAUCCGCAUGAGUUUUGUCAAAGGCUGGGGGGCUGAAUACAGACGGCAGACUGUCACGAGCACUCCCUGCUGGAUUGAACUGCAUUUGAAUGGACCUCUCCAAUGGCUGGACAAAGUGUUGACUCAGAUGGGUUCCCCUUCUGUACGCUGCUCCAGUAUGUCAUAAUGCUAGAAAAUGACCCAAAACGUCGCCCACUCAAAGAUCAUCAAAUUCUAACUUGCAAGUCCUAUCAUGAAAAAAAGCUGCAGAAAUAAUUUCUGCUAUUAACAUACUUCAUAGUAUUUGUGGCCUAGCUCCACGUCCCUGUCUAAACACACACACAACACACACACACACACACACAGCAAGACAUACUUUUCAGAAUAGAAUUAGGCACUUUGUUACCCAUCUUUGUUAAAUUGCUUUCCCCCAAAUCCUUAAUAUUAGAUCUAUUUGUGGUGCAAAUAAAAUGUAUAUUGAUUUUUAAAGUCCAGGUAUGAGUUAUUGGAGGCAGUGGAAAUACCAAAAAAUAUUCUGCAAAUAGUUUCUCAGUAUUGGAGAAUGCUUGUAUAAGUAACACAAGCGUGAAUGCUAAAUUAAUUUUGGUUCAACUCAUCCAUCCAUCUUUUUGGCCAUGAGGUAACUUUUCUCUGGGAAACAUGGACCCAUCUGUUUUUGUCUGGGGAGUUAGUGUGGUUAAGAAAUGAAGAUGGCAUUUGUCGCUUUCUCCUCGAAGGGAAAUGCUCAAUUAUGUUUUUAAAAUGUAAUUGUUUAAUUUACCUAAUUAUCUUUACCCUUUUGUCAAAAUGUUUUUUUUUAUUCCAGAUGUGUCGUUGUAAGACACCUCUUAAUGGACAUAUAGGAAUGUUUAGCAAAAAAACUAAACAAGCUGCGAAAUCAAUCUGGCUGUAGUUGACAUACAUUUUAGCUCUGUCAUUAUAUGGCACCUCCAAUGUAAUUAUAGCUAGCCCGUGUUUUCAUUUGGACCACACCGCCUCAGAUGCAGGCUAGUGAAUUCUAGGCUCUGUUAGGUUUGGAUGCACCGGGCAAGGACCAGAGAAUAUCAGCUGUAAAAUCUUUUUUUGAUGUCUCACUUGGUGUCCAGGUCUCUCGAGGUGAAUUGUUAAAAAGUUAUUUCACUUGGAGAAUGGAAGGUAUCAAUGAAUUUCAGUCUAUAUUGUUUUUAGCCUAUAUCCCCUUUCUUUUGCUACUUUUUUGUAUUCUCAUGUAUUUUUAUAUAUAAAUAUAAUUAAACUUCUGUCGUUCACUUUUUAUUAAAGUUAAUAUUUUCAAGACUGUCUCUUUUUAAGUGACAUGGUGAGCAUGGAUCAUUAGUGGGUUUUUUUGUGUAAUUUUUUUUUUAAGGUUCAACUUGAAUCCAAUUUAAGCCCUUGCCUUGGUAAGAAAAACACAGCCCCAUGUUAUGUAGACAGUUUCUGUCUCUUUAAAAUAAUAAACUUGGUGCAUCAGAAGUACACAAAUCAAAGCAUAAAUGCCUGUAACAUGAUAUCUGCUUUCCUGUAAUGUAUGGAUGGGUUAUGUGACUGAGGAAUGUUGUAUGAACUUCUUUUGACUCAUUCAUCUCUUCACUCUUGAAACACAUUUGAUUUCUGGAAGCUGUUUGGUGCUCAGUAAAGGAUAAAAAGGUCCACCAUAAAACAGUGGUCAACCAAAAAAGGUGAUUUAUUUUUUAGCUAAAUGUUACAGAAACCUGGCAGUAUUCUAUGUUCUUACAUCACAAAAGGAAGAGAGAAAUGAAACUGCACACUGGGACAUAUAUUCUGUAUUAGUGUGCAUUGUAUUUGUUCUUGUCUAUAAAAUACAGUAUGUACAACAAGACUGAGCUUGCAGUCUGACAUUGUCAUUUUGUGGCUAUUGCAAGAUUUCUUUUAACAUCUAUUUUCUCCCAUCUCCUUUAUUGAUGUUAUUCAUCUAUAACCUUACGGCACUAGUGAUUGUACUUUGUAAGUGCAACUAGUGAGUUUGGAUUUGGGGAACUGAACCAUGUGUUAGGGUCCAGUGUGGAAUCCUUGUACCAUUGGCCUACAAUAUAUGAAUGUGAAGAGAGUACAUAACAAAUCUGAAGUGGACCAGACGUACAUUAUACAGUAGUGUGUAUUUAACCGUCUAUAAAACAGUCAGUACAGUAGUUCUCUCAGUUUUACCAGUAGAGGGCGUUAUUGAUAGAGCAGGUUUUUUUCUGACCAUAUGCUUCUCAGGCGUGUGGCAUAUUAUGCAGACUUCCUAAAACACUAAUAAAGAUUUUUAUUCUCAUGAUG